GGGACUGGGGGGCCGGUGCGACCAUGCCGGUCACCGGGAAGGCUUUCCGCCGGCGCCGGGCCGACUCGGAGUCGGAGGAAGAUGAGCAGGACUCAGAAGAGGUUCGAUUAAAACUGGAGGAGACCCGAGAGGUGCAGAACUUGAGGAAGCGGCCCAACGGAGUGAGUGCUGUGGCCCUGCUGGUGGGAGAGAAGGUACAAGAAGAGACCACUCUAGUGGAUGACCCCUUUCAGAUGAAGACAGGAGGCAUGGUGGACAUGAAGAAGCUGAAGGAAAGGGGCAAAGACAAGAUCAGCGAGGAGGAAGACCUCCACCUGGGGACAUCAUUCUCCGCGGAAACCAACCGGAGGGACGAGGACGCCGACAUGAUGAAGUACAUUGAGACGGAGCUGAAGAAGAGGAAAGGAAUCGUGGAACACGAAGAACAGAAAGUGAAGCCCAAGAACGCAGAGGACUGUCUCUACGAGCUUCCGGAAAACAUCCGCGUCUCCUCGGCGAAGAAGACGGAGGAGAUGCUUUCCAACCAGAUGCUGAGCGGCAUCCCCGAGGUGGACCUGGGCAUCGAUGCCAAAAUAAAAAACAUCAUUUCCACGGAGGAUGCCAAGGCCCGUCUGCUGGCAGAGCAGCAGAACAAGAAGAAAGACAGCGAGACAUCCUUUGUGCCCACCAACAUGGCGGUGAAUUACGUGCAGCACAACCGAUUUUAUCACGAGGAGCUCAACGCCCCCAUCCGGAGGAACAAAGAAGAGCCCAAAGCCCGUCCCUUGCGAGUGGGCGACACCGAGAAGCCAGAGCCUGACCGGUCCCCCCCAAACCGCAAGCGUCCUCCUAAUGAGAAGGCCACUGAUGACUAUCAUUAUGAGAAGUUCAAGAAGAUGAACAGACGAUAUUGAGGGCGGCCCGACGGGAGAAGUUGCAGAAUGGGAUGUAAAUAGCACUGUCCCUCGCCCCAGGAUAAAAGCCUUCCGGGACAGAACCCUGAUCACUGGCGAGCAGACAGUUCCAGAAACAGACUCUACUAGUCUGGCUGCUUCCCUGCUGAAUUUUUAGGCUCUAAAUUUUGAAACAAAACAAUAUGCGUUUUUCUUAUUUGGGGGCAAACUAUUCUUGUGAGCGUUAUUAAAUCUUGUUUGUAAAUAUGUUGACUUUUUCUUAAUAUUUUUCCUGGCUCAGGAGAAAAGAGCUGUGUGUUCAGGGUGAGAUAUGCCCUUUAAAUUGUGCUUUUAUUAUUAUAUGUGUGAUCAUGUCUUCUACUUCCAAUGAUCUGGAAUGGGUUCAGAAAUGCAUCCUUCCGUUUCCAGUGGAUCCGGUGGACAGUAGAGAACUCUAGAAUGGGAUCAAAGGGACACUGGUAUUCUCUGACUUUUACAAAGUUACCUAUUUCUUUGCAUUAAGAAGGAAAAGUUACCUGUCUCUAUCACUUACGCACUUCGCUAUUAAAUAUGAAAUGAA